AGGGAGCAUGGCAGGAUGGAGCGCAGACUGCAGGUGCGUUCGGGAUCACAGGAAAGGAGGAAGAGAAGGAGCAGGGAAAGAGAGGACAUGUUUAAGGGCAGUCUUUCUGAAGGAAUGAAACCUGAACAGGAGGACUCAGAUGAUGAAGUGCUAGAGGAUUAUGACGUUGAUGAAGAGGACGAGGAGGCUUUGAUAGAGCAGAGGAGACUUCAGCGCUUGGCCAUCAUUCAGAAAUAUAAGCCAGUAAAUGAGGACAGUAACAUAUCAGGACUCUCGGAUCACGGCAGUCCUCAGAGUAGCGCUCAAAGCAGAUCGCCAUCACCUGAUGACAUUCUCGAGCGUGUGGCUGCUGAUGUCAAAGCCUACGAGCAAGAGAACCUGGACACGUUUGAGGAUAAUGUGAAGGCCAAGCAUAGUCUUGUUUCUCAAGAAAAAAAUGGUGGUAAUCUGAAAAAGCCACCAGCGCCUGAUAUGUUCACAGAGUCAGAUGACAUGUUCACUGCUUACUUUGAUAGUGCCAGGUUACGGGCCACAGGCAUUGGCAAGGACUUUAAGGAGAACCCAAGUCUCAGAGAUAACUGGACAGAUGCAGAGGGCUAUUACCGUGUGAACAUUGGCGAGGUGUUGGACAAACGGUACGGGGUGUACGGCUACACUGGACAGGGUGUCUUCAGUAAUGUGAUCCGAGCCAGAGACUUGGCCCGAGCCAAUCAGGAAGUGGCGGUGAAAAUAAUCCGCAACAAUGAGAUGAUGCAAAAGACAGGCCUCAAAGAGCUGGAGUUUCUGAAGAAACUGAAUGACGCAGAUGCAGAUGAUAAGUUCCACUGUUUACGGCUCUUUAGACACUUUUAUCACAAGCAGCAUCUGUGUCUGGUGUUCGAACCACUCAGCAUGAACCUGCGGGAGGUGUUGAGGAAGUAUGGUAAGGACGUUGGGCUACACAUCAAGGCUGUGCGUUCGUACAGCCAGCAGCUUUUCCUGGCCCUCAAACUCCUCAAACGCUGCAACAUCCUGCAUGCUGACAUCAAACCCGACAACAUUCUAGUGAACGAAUCCAAGACCAUCCUCAAGUUGUGCGACUUUGGCUCAGCGUCACAUGUGGCUGACAAUGACAUAACACCAUAUCUGGUCAGCCGCUUCUACAGGGCACCUGAGAUCAUCAUCGGAAAGUCAUAUGAUUACGGAAUCGAUAUGUGGUCUGUUGGCUGCACUCUCUAUGAACUAUACACAGGAAAAAUCAUUUUCCCCGGAAAGACAAAUAACCACAUGCUAAAACUGGCCAUGGACCUGAAAGGAAAAUUGUCUAAUAAAAUGAUCAGGAAGGGUCUGUUCAAGGACCAGCACUUUGACCAAAACUCUAACUUUUUGUAUACAGAGAUUGACAAGGUCACUGAGAGGGAAAAGGUCACUGUCAUGAGUACCAUUAACCCAACUAAGGACCUGUCGAUGGACAUGGUGGGUCGCCAGGCGUUACCAGAGGACCAGCGAAAGAAGGUUGUUCAGCUCAAAGAUCUGUUGGACCAGAUUCUGAUGCUGGAUCCUGCCAAGCGGAUCACCAUCAACCAGGCAUUACAGCAUCCUUUUAUCCAGGAGAGGAUAUGAUCAGCAGCAUAUCUCAGAGAUUUAUGAUGGUUUUGUAUCUGCAGAUAUGACUCAGACAACAAAAGACGUUUGCAUAUCUUAUUGCCAUGCUGUUUUAUUUGUAGUACAUUUCAGAGCAGGCCACAAUCAAGAUUUACUUUAUUUUAUUAUUAUUGUUAUUAUUAUUAU